UGGUCACGUAAGCAUGGCAACGCCUGACGUGCUCCGGCUAAAAACAGCUCUAUCACCCUCGAAGCGACAGAUGAGUCUGACCUGGCCUGACAAGACAGAAAGAGAGAGAGAGAGAGUGAGUGAGGGGGAGAGAGAGAAAGAGAGAGAAGGCCCAUUCGUGACUCGGCACAAUAUCCACAGUAGCCUACUGUCCUUUGCCGAGUUAUUUUAGCAAGUUAAAGUUCGCGCCGAGUCGUGGAUAUUUAGCUUAGGCUUACAAACGUUUCUCCGUAUUUGUCUGACUUCACGCGGGUCGUCGGUCGGUCCCUGAGCCGUUCGGUUAGUGACCUACAUAGUCGCGAGCGCGUCGGGCGCGUGCAAUGAGCGUGUCGCUGGACUACAGCCCCGCGAGGAAGCCGGACGCCGCCAUGGACAACCUCGAGAAGCAGCUGAUCUGCCCCAUCUGCCUGGAGAUCUUCAGCAAGCCCGUGGUCAUCCUGCCCUGCCAACACAACCUGUGCCGCAAAUGCGCCAACGACAUCUUCCAGGCCUCCAACCCAUACCUGGCGUCGCGCGGUUCCACAGUGAGCUCAGGCGGAAGGUUCCGCUGCCCGUCGUGCCGCCAUGAGGUCAUUCUGGAUCGCCACGGCGUCUACGGGCUCCAACGCAACCUGCUGGUGGAGAACAUCAUCGACAUGUUCAAACAGGAGAGCAGCAGCAGCAUUAAGCCAGAGCCAGAGAUGCAGAAGGAGGGGCCUAUGUGUGACGAGCACGAGGACGAGCGAAUCAACAUCUACUGCGUGAGCUGUGCCACGCCCACCUGCUCACUCUGCAAAGUGUUCGGGGCCCAUAAGGACUGCCAGGUGGCGCCGCUCAACAACGUCUUCGACGCCCAGAAGACAGAGCUCACAGACUGCAUCUCUAUGUUGGUGGGAAAUAAUGACCGGAUUCAAGGCACCAUAAGUCAAUUGGAGGAGAGUUGUCGAACUGUUGAGGAGAACGGGCGUCGUCAGAAGGCGCGUGUGUGUGAGAUGUUCGAUCACCUGUACGCGCUGCUGGAGGAUCGGAAGGCGGAGCUGACGUCGCAGAUAGGGGCGGAGCUUGACGAGAAGAUGACCUACAUCGGCCGGCUACGCCGUCGCUACGGAGACCACCUGGACGCUAUGGCCAAGGUCGUGGAGGAGGCUAUCAGCACCAUGGAGGAGCCAGAAAUGGCCCUGUUCCUGCAGAAUGCGAAGCCUCUGCUGAAGCAACUGACAGAGGGCACUAACAUCGGUCACCUGGAGAAACUGGAGCGCGGCUACGAGAACAUGGAUCACUUCACCGCCACCUUUCACAAAGUCCGAAAAGCUCUGUUCAACAUCGACUUUGUCAGAGAUGAUGUUGAUGAUGAUGAGGAUGGAGAUGAGGAGGCAGGUGAAGGAAGCCCCGCCCACCCCACGCCAAACCCAACAGGCCACGCCCACCCGGUAUCAAGCCCCACCCAUCUGGCCCCAAGCCCAACCCCCCUGUCAUCAAACCCCACCCCUACAUCGUCAACCCCCACUCCUCCAUCGUUAAACCCCAUCCCUUCUGUGUUAAGCCCCACUCCCCCUGUAUCAAGCUCCACCCCUCAUGUGUCAAGCUCCACCCCUCCUGUAUCAAGCUCCACCCCUAAGGCUGCUGAGAGCUUCAACAUCCACAGCCAGAGCUCUCCAAAGCCCCUCCCUAUUCCAGCCGCGCCCACAGAAACACAGCUGUCUGCUGCAGGCCUGCGGGACGGUGUUGCCGUGGACGAUGGAGAUAACCCGUCACGUCACGUCUUCUCGUUCUCCUGGCUCAACUCCGACAAGUGACUCCGCCCACCCCGCUAUCCAGCCCUGCCAUUGGAUAUUGUGGAUAUCACCACAAUAUAGCCCCGCCCACCCCGCUAUCCAGCCUGCCAUUGGAUAUUACCACAGUAUAGCCCCGCCCACCCCGCUAUCCAGCCUGCCAUUGGAUAAUACCACAAUAUAGCCCCGCCCACCCCGCUAUCCAGCCUGCCAUUGGAUAUUACCACAAUAUAGCCCCGCCCACCCCCGCCACACAGCCUCCGAUUGGAUACUGACUUAUCUGUUUGCUCUUGUAGACUACUAAUGUGUGUAUUGUGUGUUCAUCUCUGAUGUGUGUAUUUUGUGUGUGUGUUCGUCUCUGGUGAUGUGUGUAUGCGUGUGUUAAUCUCUGCUGAUUGUGUGUGUGUGUGUGUGUGUGUGUGUGUGUGUAUGUGUGUGUUCAUCGUUGAAGUGCUGUUAUGUAGAACAGAGUGGAGAAAUACUGCACAAAUCUUCAGGCAUUUGGACGCAGUUGUAACUUUUAUUACAAAUAUAAACAUUUCACAUUCUU